AUGUCAGAGUCUCUAUCAACAAGGCCUCUCAACCCAUGCAUCGGUUGCCGUGUCAAGAUCUGUAAGCAACGACAUCUCAAGUGUGACAACGAUAAGCCUUCUUGUGCCAAUUGCCGAAAGAGUGAUAUUGAGUGUGUUCGAGGUUUCAGUGUGAGAUUUCGACAUGGUCUGAAUCCGAGUAUACGAUCUGGUAAGGCUGUUGAAGCCAAGAAUAGAGACUACAGUUUCUCUCAAGACCAGCCAUGGGUCAAGACAACCAGAGCUCUAAGUUUUGUUGAUGAGACCCCAGAUAUCAUCAACAUCCAUGAUUCGAACAACCUAGACACAUUGGAAAACUUCGACAUUGGACGCGAUAUCAUCGACCGUGCCAGCAAUCAGUCUUCACCACCCCUUGCUUCCUUACAGACAAUUCGAUCAAAUGAUUCAGCGUCUUAUUCCUAUCAAGACCGUCCUUCAAAGAAACGAGCACUGAGUCCAUCUUCAAGUGGAAAUUGGAAGAACCCCUCCCGCUCACCCAGCCAGAAGUCUGAUACCGUGGGACCUUUCUCAUCGUUUUCGGGGCCUCACACUAUCGAAUCUCCUCCUAUCCUUGGUAGCGAUAUUGUUUUGGAUGUGGGGAGCCCUCAAGUUGCUGCAGCGCUCGCGAGCUCUCGUGGAACAGACAUUCCACUUCCAGUGGACAAUGUUGCCGAAGCCAUCUCAGGUAUUUACCUGGAUACACCGAGAUGGCCACUAGAAGAUCCACAAGAGGCAAUGUUGUUUUACAACUUCAUCCACGUCUUGGCACCGCUCUUCGAUUUGUGUGACAGCGAGAGACAUUUCGCUACGAUUGUCCCGCGUCGAGCAGUCAUAUGCCCUCCACUUAUGAACGCUGUGCUUGCGGCUUCUGCCAAACGAUUAAGCAGAAUCGAUGGGUUUGAUGGCUUAGUCGGCGACCGUUAUCACCAGAACUGUCUCGAUGCCCUUAUUCCUGCCCUGAGCAGUUCUGCAGCUGUCAUGGACGAAAACCUCCUCACUGCCAUUGUCAUUCUUCGCUACAUGGAGGAACUCGACGUGCCCCUCACAUCUGCAGACACGGCUAGCGAAUCACAUCUUGUUGGUACUCGAGUCUUUGUUGCAGCUCAAGAAAAGGUUUUAGACUUUACUGGACUACGACGUGCGGCAUUCUGGGUUGCAUUACGACAAGAAAUACACAUGGCUUUUAUGCAGGCCCGGCCCGUCCACCCAAAUUUCGCCCUGGAAGACAUCUCUAGGCUUGUUCAAGACGAUGACACCUGUUGUACCUUUGCAAAUUUAACUAUCUUGCAAUGUGCUGCUUGUCUACGUUAUUGUUAUGGGUCUGAAGAUCAGAGCUUCUCAGCAUGGGAAAGGUUGCAAGAGGCCCAAGAACGAUGGUGGGCGGAUAGGCCAUGGCACUUUCACCCGAUGUACAUCAACACUGAUGCACCUGGCAUCUUCCCCCAAGCGCUGUAUCUCAACGAUGCUGUCGUCACAGGAGUGCUCCAUUACCUGCUUAUUCAGGUCUUGCUGGCAGCUCACAACCCUAGGACACCAAAAUUGGGUCCCGGGCAGGCGAAAGCGGCCAAGUCAACAAAUGAGGAGAUCAGGAAAACCGUCAAGAUGGUCUGCGGUGUUGCUGAGUCCAACCAACGCAAUCCAACGGGCUAUGCGAAGCCUUAUAUGGCAUGCUACAGAAAGCAGAUGUACAAUUUGGGUGGCCGAAUCGAUCAGUCCAUUGCAGACAAGAGUAUUUAA